AAAAUGAAGCAAUUCGUGGUUCUAUUGGCAGUGGCUCUGGCCUCAGUAUCGGCCAAUUCGAUCCCCCAGUGGGGAUUCCCUGAGGGUCGCAUAAUCAACGGUCAUGAUGCGGAAAAGGGAGAGGCGCCCUAUAUGGUAUCCUUGCAGAACGUACUCAACUUACAUUUCUGUGGAGGAACUCUGAUUAACAAAAGGGCCAUUUUGACCGCCGGUCAUUGUCUGACUCGCACUAGAGGUAAAGCCGUUUGCGGUGCCCACAACCUCCUCGACCGGCGUGGUGUCCAGACCCGGGAGUUCACUAACGCCCAGUACGUGAUCCAUGAAGAUUACAACGGUGGCGUAGGACCCAACGACAUUGGUCUGAUCCUGUUGGACGUAAAUCAGGCCUUCAAUCUGAAUGCCGUAGCCCGGGAUGGCAGCAACCCGGUGGGUAUAGUGAAUCUUCCUUCUGUGAAUACCGAAGUCAAUGGAAAUGCAAAAAUCUACGGUUGGGGUCUGAACAACUUUGGAUUGCCGGCCACGAAACUGCAGACAGUAGAAACUAUCGUCGUUCAAUGGAAUGAAUGCAAGAAUAUUGUGCCUUAUAACGCACCAUUGCACGAGACUAAUGUCUGCUCUGAAACCCCCGGACAACCCGAUGGAGCUUGCUAUGGAGACAGUGGCGGCCCAUUGGUAACCGACUCCGAAGCCGAAGCCAUCCAGCUGGGCAUUGUCUCCUGGAGACCCUUACCCUGUGUCGCCAAUUAUCCAACAGUCUACACAAAUGUAGUUAUGUUUAUGCCUUGGAUCGAAGAGAAAUUAGCACAGCUAUUCAUUGAACAAUAA